AUGGCGGAGGGAGGAGGAGGCGAGAGGCGACGGUUCAGCGGUGCCCUAGAGGAGGAAGAAGCGACGGAGGAGGGGUCGGUGAGAGGAGACGGAGGAGGAGGAGGAGGAGACGGGUAUGACAGUAAUAUCACUUCGGGGAAGAUACGGGGACAGAGCCGGGGACGGGGCCGGGCCGGGUCUGGGGCUGUGAAGAUAGAUAACAACGAGCUAGUUAAAAACCAAUCAGAGGAGUUUUCUCUUGGUAAAAAGAAGAAGAAAGAAUCAAAAAAUGCAUUAGUCAAAUUCAAGGAGACAUUAGAAGAGUCAUAUGAAGAAGAAGGAGAGAAUGAAGAAGGAGAAAGAAACAUAGAAGAACAAGAAGCAAGCAAUGGAGAAGAAGAUCAAGCAAGCAAUACAGAAGAGGAAGCUAAAGAAGAAAAUUAA